AUGAGGGGCCACCUGGAGAUCGCCAUCACCUGCGUCCUGCCGCCGCCCCUGCACCUCGUGCCAGAGACCAUCCUGCGCGGCGUCGCCGAAUCGGUUCUGUCGAGGCUGGCGGAGAAGAUGAAGCGGGACGUGGACGUCGGCCUCGGCGCUGACUUCAGGAGGUUUCACCGGGAGAAGGCGGCAGCGUCCAGGGCUAUGCCGACGCUGGACGAGACGGCAUCGAGCAGAGACCAAAGCCUCUGA